AUGGUCGAGCAGUUGGAAGAAACAGCCGACGUUGAUUUAUUUAUCCAAGGCACUUCGGUCAAGCCAUCUUCAUCCAAGCUUCUCAGUAUGUUGUCCAACAGCACUACCGUUGAAGAGGGAGCAACAGGUGUCAAGAUCACACAGGAGGCGGUCCCAGGUGCUCAAAAGCUGGCGUGCUUUAUCCGCACCCCGAGGUCCCGAUCUAUCUAG